GUUACCUAUUCUGUAAUGUACAUUAUUAAUAUAGUACGUAGAUUCCGUAAUUGUCUGGAUCACGUGACGAUAACGUGACAUAUAAGUACGUUAACACUAUAUUAAUGUUAUUUUUACUAGUUAGUUUUAUAGAUAUUGUUUAUGAUUUUUUUAAUUGGCUACGUUGAUUAAUUACAUCGCAGAUAUAUAAUGAUUAAAAUUUCUAUCAACGGACAUUUACGAACUAUUUCGGCCAAUCACAAUCAAGCGGUCAGUUCAAAAGUAAAUUCCUGGUUAGCGGUGAGCAGUUUCAGAUUAGACAGCUGGUCAUUCGGACGUACAAAUGUAAUUGGAAUAUAUUAAAGCUCACCGAUCCCCGACAAGGAAUAUAAGAAAUACAUACAUUGAAGAACCAAACAGUUAUUGUUUACAAACCUAAUCCGAUGUACAUAAUUCAGCAAAAAUGGUUCAAAACAGGACUGGCUAGUAUAGAAUAUAAUGUAAAACCAGCAACUUCUAAGCACCAAAACAACACUGCAGAAGAACUGUCAGGACGCUUGAGGAAUAUGAUGCAUGCUUGCAGCGCCAAAGUACCAUUUUUACGAGUAUAUGGGAGAGAGCCUGUAUUUUUCCGCUCAAAUACAACAAACAUUUCGUGCUGUAAGGUUCCAAAAACAGGAAGUUCUUUUUGGGGAGCAGUAAUAAUGGCCAUUGAAUCAACAAACACGUCUCGUAACGUGUUUAAUAUUAACCGAAAUACUAUCCAUGGUCAUAAUGAAGUUACAAUACACAAAGUCGUUAAGUCUGAUACAAAAAUACUAAUCGGAAGAGACCCGUACACUCGACUGUUUUCGGCCUUUAUCGACAAGUACUUUCUACUCGGAAAUCUUGGGAGGUCAUUAAGGGACGCCGUCGGUGCAGGUCCUUACCGAAAGGAUGGAAAUAUAUGUGGUUACAACGUCACGUUUAGUCAGUUUCUUGAGGACAUCACACAUCAAGUUUUUAAAGGGUUUCAAAUAAAUGAACACUUAAUCCCAGUUUCUGACCUCUGUGACGUAUGUGGAAUGAAAUACGACAUGUUGAUUAGGCAGGAAACCCUGAAUAGAGACACACAACACCUCUUACGCAAGGUCGAUUUAACAGCAUUUAAGCGAACUGCAAUACAAGUGGCGGUCAGUCCCAGGGGAAUCAAACAAACAAUUCAUUCGUUGAUUGCUUCGUAUUUAACAGACUAUGCCACCUACCGGAAAGAUUGUCCGUCCCGUGUCCUUCACAUGGAGAAAGUGUGGGCCACUCUCCAGAUACAGGGGUAUGUCAACACAGGUGUAUCAUACCCAAAACAACUCUUUGAAAACAUCCGUGAAUACAAAGCUGACAAUAUUACUUCUAUUGUUCUUCAUGCGAUCGAAUCUCGACCAAUGACAAAUGAGGAGAAAAUAAAACAAAGGGCGACAUUUGUGCGACGAGCGUACGAAGUCGUCGAGGACGAAACUAUUAGGAAAGUGCAAACAGUAUUCAUGAAAGAUUUUAUAUUGCUCAACUACGACCUUACACCUCCGCACAAAAGAUGACCAAAACAUGAUAAUCUAGCUUCAUUUUAAUUUGCUUGAUGUGUUUAGUAUAUUUUAUCCGUCAUUUUUGUAUUUUGAAAUUCGUGGCAGUAUAUCGUGAAAUUAAAUAUAACCAAAACUGUUUUUUGGCAUUUAAAUAAUGAUUUUGAGGAGUGAUAAAAAGUAAGAAUAUUAAUUCUCUAUAAAAAUGAAAUUCACAAUUUUAAUAAAUCACAUUUUGACCUUUAUCGCGGUUUAAACGGUUGAACGGGUUGGACCAGAGUUUUUUCUUUAUGAAAUAAGAUCGGAUCCAGUAAUCUGAUGCUGGUUUCAUGCGAGCUUCGACAAAGUAUUACAAGAAGUCCAUACAUUUGACUCAUAUAAGAGGUGUUGCACCAUGGUGUUAUUUCAAGGUCAUCUGUCGUAGUAAUAUAUCUAGCUGCGUCAAGUUUGAGUAGAACGACCACUUCAUUUCGGAGUCAUAUUAAGGGGG